AAAAAGUUUAGGUAAGAGGGAGGCUUCCCUACACUACCAGGGUCAGGGCAAACCUACGACCUCAACCCAACAGGACUUACGAAACUGGCCAGUGUCCCAGCCCAGCCCAUUGGUAUGGAAUUAUGCAGGACAUUUCCUAGAUAGCCCACCAAAUGAGAGAUUGUUGGUAGCGGGGAUCGAACUUAUGUGGGUUUACACCUCAAGUCCGCCCUUGCCAACUGAACCAACUCUCAUUGGCUUUUUCUUUUUUCUUUUUUCUUUUUUUUUCCCCAAAACAGCAUCUCUGCAUUCUAUGUUCAACCACCAAUGAAGUAACAAUACUGGAAAGAAUACAGUACUCAACCAGAUUCUUCAAGACUUCAAUAAACAAUCAGAUAUGUCUCUCCAGUUAUGAUAACUGUAAUGGAAAUACCUUUGCAAUUCUUAAUUUUUAAUUAACUCAAGACUGUUCCAUAUGAUAAUAUCAAAAUGAGAAACACGACUGACAAUGCAGUACUACCCCCUGGGACGUUUGCAGUCUUUUGGAAUUAUAAGUAUUUUUCAAAAUCUUGGGACUGUAAGAACUACAAAAGUGAUGUACAACAAUGCAGUAAAAUGAUAAGGGAAUAGGAAAGUACCAGGUUCACAACAUAGGGUUCUAGACUUCUAGGAAUCACUGAGAAAUUAGAAAAACUCCGCCUACCCACCAAAGAUGUCUUGGAAUGGCUCCAAGUCAACCCAUGUUGCAAAAACAAGCAGAAGGUCUCAGGAUUUUUCACUAAUAACUCAUCUUUCAGAACUUGCAAGUUACAAAGUAGCACUUGGAGCCAUUGAUAAUCAUCGAAACACUCAGAACUCUUGCACUAAAGGAUUUUGAAUGACUAAAACUAUGACACUUAACACACGACAUAAAGAAAAUCAAAAAACAAUAACCAAUAAUUUAUUUGUGAAUUGCAUUUAUUACAUAAUGAAGGACUUAAUUAUAGGGUGCUUAGUAAUUGGACUUUUUAAAAAUAAUUCAACUGACUCCACAUCAAAAAGUCUCAGGUCACCAAAGGUUUCACAUACCUGAUGACUGUACUAUUUUACACUGCUUUGAUAACACUGCAAAAGUAUUUCAACUACUAUUACAAUGACAAGAUCAAAAUGAACUAAGGGGAAUUUGGCAACCAUAUGAAGUCAACUCUGUUUAUUUAUUUAUUUUAUAUUUUUUCAGAGUACUGGAAAAUAAAGAGCAAUUACUGCAGGGAAAAAAUUGGGCAUCAAGGAUUCUUAGAAAAAAAAAAAAAAAAAGGCCAUUGAGGAAAACAAUGAUGUCUCUCGAAUCAGAAUGGCCCAUUAUCUUCAUGUUCUGAACUUGGUCAAAUAGAACAAAACUCAAAAGUUGCUAAAAUCAAACCAAAAGUAAAAUCAAAGCAAAUAUAGAUAAUGAAAAAUGUGAUUGGUUGAUUAUUUAAUUUUUAAUCUUUUGUAUACGAGAAACAAAUUUUUUUUACUGAGAGUGGAGAAAAUUACAAGGCAGGGAACAAGGGAUUCACUAGAAGACAGGCAACAAAAACACCAAAAUAAGAAACCGUCAAAAUAAGUGAAAUAAACAAAUUAAGAAGGAUGGAAAGAGCCAUCCCAAAACUCUGAAGAAACCGAAGCACACAAGACAACAACAACAACUUAUGAGCUCACUGUAAUAUCUACCUUACUAACAAUAAAUCCUUUUCUCAGGCAUAUGUGGUAGUGUGUGUACAAGAAUUAAAAAUAAAAUAUUUGUACACCAACAGAUACAUGCAUGAAGAAGCCAUAAUAUUUAAAACCCAAGCUUCAAAAUUAAACUCGGCAUCCCAUUUAGCAAAAAGACAUUUGAUAUAUAGAGUAUUGGGAAAAACGAAAAACUGAAAGAGGAUAAACAUAUAUUUGAAAGUCACAAAUCUUUUUGAGCUGUUCUCAUCAUUUAACAAGAAGGUGGGGGGUUGUGGAAGAGUUCCAAAUGCAAGUAGCCAAACACCAAAGAAUUUUGUUAUCAAACAGAAUUUUGAUAACGAAUGUGUGUAGAAACUAUACUACAAAGUUAGCCCAGCAUACUGCAAGGUCAGCCAUAACCAAUGUAGAAGUCCACCAUCAGAUCAAAUUUCAGGAACAAAAGAAAGUGACAUAGAUUUCUGGGUUGUAGCCGCCCAGAAAUCCAUUUGCUUUUCCUAUUUUCAAAUAUGGCUCUAUUUACUUGAGAUAUUAAUGUAAUUGUGUGAAAUGCAUAAUGAUCCAAAAAGCACCUAUUCCCCAGAGCCGUGCAAUCAAUUCCCAACAACUAAAGCACGCCUUUGAAACAACCCAACACCACUAAACCCUUAAACACCCUCCACCACAGUUAAAAAACAGAAACUUGAGGAAAUGCCCCCAAACGCUGUGGUGUUCCUGAGUUCAAAACAUAGUCUACAAAUUGAAUAACAGAGAAGAAGGCUGAAUUGAAUCUUACAGAACCAAACCAGACGAGGCAAUCAAUCCCAGAGAAGAAGCUCCAGGCUCCAGAGACGAGUCAAAGGUAGAGUGGGCGGAAUCGUAAAAUUCGGGGAAAUGAAGGCCAAGUACAAAACAGAGAGUCCAGCGGACAGAUGGCACAAGGAGACGACAGCAGCGUAGAAAAGAAAAAGAAAAUGGGAAAAAUAAAGAAAUUUCCUAUCACUUUAAGGAAUGCAAUUCCUAAACGAAUGAGGUUUAGGUCGUUGCAAUCCCCUUUGUUUCCCAGUCCAGACGGGUCGAAACUCUUUAUCUCAUUCUCAAUCCUCUAAAUUGGAUACCUCAAAACAUCACUUCUCGAAAUUCGAUUCAAAUUUUUUGAAAAAAAAACAAAAAAAAUCAGUCAAAGUAAACGACGAUGGCCUACGUUCCGGUAGGUUUCCGGUUCCACCCGACCGACGACGAGCUCAUCCGGCACUACCUGUAUUUGAAGAACAAGGUCAGCAAGGGAGAAGAUGAGGCGGCCGCGGCGGCGGCGGUGGUGCCGGAGUUUGAUUUGUAUGGCGAGACGGAGCCCUGGAACAUUUGGGAAGCCCACGGCGGAGCGGAUCUGUACGACCAGGAUUUGUUCUUCUUCACAAAGCUGAAGAAGGUGAAUCCGCACGGCACGCGAAUCAAUCGGAAGAUUGGGACGGGGACUUGGAGCGAAGGCGAACCGUCCAGGCCCAUUUUCGUCGGGGAGAAGAACAAGAAGAACAAAACCCCAAUCGGCCGGAAGAGGAAGUUCCGGUACGAGAACAAGCUCUCCGACCAGCACGGCUGCUGGUACAUGGAGGAGUAUAGUCUCGACGGCAUCAAAUCCGCCGAUUACGUCAUUUGCCGGCUGCGGGAGAACAACAGAUCUGGAGGCGGGACCGGAGGGAAUAGGGAUUUGCUGGCCAUAUCGGUGGCGGCGUCCAUGGAAGCUUCUGGACCGAUUCCGGUGGGGUUCAGGUUCCACCCUACGGAUCAGGAGCUGAUCUGUUACUUUCUCUACAACAAGAACAAGGGCAAGGGCGGCAGAGGCCUGUCGUUCAUCGCUGAGGAGGUGGAGACGGCGGCGGAGGAGGAAAUUAAGGCCCUCCCGGCGGCGGAGGAGCCUCCAUUGGCGACGGCGGCGGCGGAGGAGAGCAAAGACAACUGCAAAGAAGAGGAAGGCCACGCGCCGCCUGCGGAGGCGGAGGAAGAGAAGAGGAAGAACGGCGGCGGAGGCGGAGGCGAUGCGGCGGCGGAGGGAGAGAAGGAGAAGACGGGCCAAGUGUUGGCGCUGGUGUCAGUGGAGGAGGAAGAGGAGAAGAAAAAGAAGAAGGAGAAGGAGAAGGAGAAGAAGGAAGGAGAGGGGCAAGCGGCUCCUCUGCUGUUACUGGAGUACGUGAAGAACAAGGACGAAGACGAGAAAGAGCUGAAGCUGGUGGCAAGGGAGGAGGAGGCGGAGGCGGUGGAGGUGGAGGUAUGUAAGAAAGAGAAUCAAUUUUUGCAUGAGUUUGAUUUGUUUGGAAGCACAGAGCCUUGGGAGAUAUGGGACAUGUUUAGGGGAGCUGAAUUGUGCAACCAGGACUUGUUCUUCUUUACACAAUUGAAGAAGGUGAACCCCAAGGGCUCACGCAUUGGCCGCAAGGUUGGAUCCGGCGGUACUUGGAGCGAAGGAGAUGUCUCCAAGCCCAUUGUUGAUGACAGAACUGGAAACCACAUUGGCCGGAAGAGGAAGUUGCGGUAUGAGAAAGUUGGCUCUCCACACCAUGCUUGUUGGUAUUUGGAUGAGUAUAGUCUGCUUGAUGCUGAUAUUGGAGAUUAUGUCAUUUGUCGACUCCGGAAGAAUGACAAGUUAGCAGCAGCAGCAUUCUCAUCUGGUGAACCAAUCCACAGCAGGAAGAGGAAGUCCACGACUGCAGCAGAAUCAAAACACCCUCCCGCUACUCCACAAGAAUCAAAACAUCCUUCCACUACUGCGGGAGAAUCAAAACCGGAGGAGGACUCAUCAAAGGCAAAGCGGAAGCGCACUACCGGGCUCACACAAGUAGAGGAAGCUGCAGCAGAUGUGUUGAUGAAUAUGGCCAACAGCACCCUCAACAACAACACAUUGAAACUAUUUGGUAUUGAAAUUGGUUCUACUCCUACUAUAGGAGGAGAAUGACUCUUGUUGAUCUGUUUGUUUAUGCCUGAAAUACAGUGGAGUGGGAGUGGGAGGCCCUAUCAUCCCCUCCCGCUACUGUGGUGCGGGUUGAUUAGGAAGGAAGGAAAUCAGUGUCGGUUAUUUAUGCCCAAAAUCCAGUAGGGAGGCUAGGCUCUCGCUCCCCACUACUGGAAGGAAGAAAAUGUGUCUUUUGGACAGUCAUCACUGUUAUUUAUUUAUGCUUCAAACCCAGUUUGAGGCACUAGGCCAUCAGGACUGCGGUUUCAUUAGGAGGAAGAGCAUAUGUCUUUUGUAAUUUAUGUUGUUGAGCAAACUUCUAAGUUAUAUUUCAUUUUGAGGGAAGAGCAUUGUCAUU